GCGAGGUGAGCGGCAUCAAAACACUUCCCGAGUAACAGUGUAGAGGUGUGGUGCACGUGCAGUCAUCGGGGAGGAUAUAAACCCUUCCUGCAAACUGCACCUACCACCAAGAAGCAGAGGUGUGGUGCCACUUCGUCAGAGACAUUCCUAGACUAUACGUCUUCAUCUUAUUAGCAACACCGAGACUUAUUGGAUGAUACAUCCACUCGCACUACUGUCCGAUGGAGAAAAACGGUGUCCAUAAACUGUACGUAUAACAAAGGUUUCAGCGGCGUCUCGUGUACUGCGGGAAGUGUAUGGAGGAGCCAUGUAAACUGUAUGUAAAUUAAGAAGAAAUCCGCUAUACUGCACGUAUAAUUGAAGAUAAUAUUGGCAAAUAUGGGCCGUUACUCGAGUGAUUCAGACAGUGAGCGGACCAGCAGGAGGAGACGGAAAAGCAGGUCUCGGAGUAGUAGCAGUACUAGUUCCAGAAGUCGUCAUCGUCACCACAAAAAGUCACGAAGACACAGAAGACAUUCUUCUAGUCGGUCAUAUAGCCGUUCUCGUAGUCCAUCACCCAGUCGUAGGUCCCACUCAUUAAGUCGAGAUCGAGAGCGUCACAGGCGUCGUCGCAGUCUUACUCGUUCCCGCUCAAGAUCCAGGGAUAGAUCUAGCCGGAAGCAUAAGAAAUCCAAACACAAGCAUAGAAAGCGCAGUUCCAGCUCUGAUUCAGAUCAUAGUGAAAAGUACUCAAAAUCAAGGUCAGCGAGAAGCAGCAUAGAUCGUGACCGCAGCAGUAGGGGCUCCACAAAGGAUCGUGAUCGAAGAGACAAAGAAAGGGAUAAGGAAAAGGUUCUCAGUCCUGUACCUGAAGAAGUCAAGUCUACAAAGAAACAAGAAAUGACAGAGUCUGAGAAAGUAGCAUAUUCACGAGCUGUAGAAGAAAUUGGGGAAGAUGGUUUUGUUCAGCAAACCUUUAAAUCCAGCCGUGGUGAGAAAGCUCCCAAGAAACAAGCUGAUAGUAAAGAUGGAGAUGAAUUCAACUUUGGGACACAGGCCGAAUUGGCUGCAAAAGCUGGGAAAUUUAUUCCUCUUAGUGACGAUAGCCUUUUCAGUCCUCAUCUGUUUGGUGAUCCUGAGGAACGCGAGGAAAAGUAUCUACGCAGGAUUUUUUCACUUCGCCAAAAGGCUCUGCUUGGAGAACCAAUAUAAAUCGACAUUGGAUGAUGAAGUGUCAUUCUUCAGAGUGCACAUAUCAUUUGUAAAACAUUUAGUACUUGUGAGAUGCAGUGCAGUUUUCCUGCUUGUCUUCUUCUUGUAAUUAUAAACUUUACAUUGUAAAGAAAAUUUUGCAGGCGAUGAGUCACAAUAACGUGGCUAAAGUAUGUUGACCAGACCACACACUAGAAGGUGAAGGGACAAAUGACAUUUCGGUCCGUCCUGGACCAUUCUCAAGUCGAUGGAAACGUUGAUGAAACAUCGUCGUCCCUUCACCUUCUAGUGUGUGGCCUGGUCAUCAAAGAAAAUUUUGUAUGGUAUAAACCUAACUUGCAUAGACUGUUAUAUAAAACUAUGUUUAGGGCUAUAAAUUGGGGAUUUAACAUAAAUUGCUGAAGGUUAUGUUGAAAAAUGUUCCUUAGUGAUACAUUCUCAUUGCUGUGAAAUAAAGGUUAGUAAAAUUCUUAAAUAAAUUUGUUUUUAAUCUUAAAGUGAUGGUGUAGAGAUCCUGAAUAUAUAAGAACAUGAAUCCAUGGAAAAGUUAUUGAGUUUGUGCCCCGCUUUAGUCAAUGUGGCCUGGUAGUUACAAGAUUAUGAAUACAAAGGCUAUCCCUGAUCUGGGCAUUGACAUGUGCAUGUUCUCCUAAAAUUGACAUACAUUAUCCUACAAUACAUACUGUACCGGAUGUAUAAUUUCUUUUGGCAACAUAUAGUACAGUAUUUCUUUUAUACAUAAACUGUUAAAAACAAAACUUAGUUCAUGAGUAACAUGAAUAUCAGUAAUUUGAUAACUACCUGUUUGAAACAUUUUAGCACUAUAGUGAAAAAUAUUAUUUGUGGCUUUAAUGAAAAUAUUUUAUCUUUGCUAUUCAGGGCAGCAAUUUCAGUUUAAAAAAAUCUUAAGGAAUAGAAAUGAAAGUUAAAUUUAUUAUUACCCCCCCCCACACAAUAGUGUUGUAUAAAACAAAAUAUAUUGCAAACAGUAAAUUCGGCAUAAUCAUUUAAAAGUUGCAUUUGUAGUGUAAAUAAUUAUUUAUAAAAAACUCUACAAGAACCAUCAUGAAUAGGUUUGGUACAUGCCUAAUAACAAAAAUCUUUGGCACAUUUAUACCUAUUCCUCUCUAGCUUCCCUUUGAUUCUUGCCACUUUAAAUUAGACUUCAUUUCCAUUGUUUACUUUUAAUUACACAUGAGAAAACAGUUUGAAACCCCUUACUAAUGUUCCACCAAACAGAGAAACCACUCAAGUGUUCCAGGUGACAAAAUUGGUGAGGGCAAUUUACAGCAUUAACUAUGCUUCCAGUUUUACCCUUACUCAAAUAGUUAUGCUUAUUAUCUGACUUCAGAUUCAAAGUCUUGUUUGAAAUGACUGCUUUAUACUAAGCAGUCAAAUUAUACAGCUCUUUGGAAACAAUACAGUACAUCCUUAUCCAAGAGGGUUAUUCCAAAUUAUUUCCAUUUAGAGCAAAAUAUUCUUAUAUCUACCAUACAUCCUUUUAAAUUAAAUACAAAAUGAAUACAGAAACUCAUAAGUGCAGUCCAUCACCGAUGUUACUUACAAGUGAUUCAAUUAAAAAUUUUAUUAUAAUUCUUGACAUAACAAUGGUCAAAUAUAGUGACAUGUGGCUUCUGACACUGAUAUCAACAUCUUGGUCCCAUUCCAAUCAUGCUCUAAUUAAAAACGGAUGUACAUUACAUUCAAUUUAAAGAACUGUGAAUCCUUAAUUCUCAUAAAUCAUUCUGUACCAGAGGAAGAAAACUUUAAAAUUGAAAAACAAUGUUAUGUAUAAAGUCGUCUCUUUAAUACUUGGGUUUGAACAUACACCAUCCCACUAAAAAUUCACAAACUACAUCUAUUCAAUCUUCAGUAAAAUCCAAGCAUUAUUUCUGUCAUAACCAUUGACAGCAAUUUUAAAAGAAAUUUUAUAUGAACUAAACAUGGAACUUUUAAUGAAACUUUUGUAUCCGGCUGCACUAUUAGAAGAUUUAAGUAAAUUAAUCAAAUUUAAUUACAGUAUUUUCCCACUUAAAAAAAAAUUAAAAAUUUAUAUUUUUGUGUAAAUAAAAAUAAAUGUGCUUGCAUAUAGCAAUGAA